GUGUCGCUGUACCGACGCCCCACCCCGGACGUUUCUGUUUUGGUGCGCGCGCCAUUUGUAGAAGAAGAGUCUUUCCUCUUGUUUUUUGGUGUGGCUAAUGGGCUAACAGCCACCACCUAGAGAUCUUGUAUCUAAGAUACUGGCAAGUCAGUCCGAUUGUGACCGUCCCCAAAACGGCAAUCGAUACGCUCGUGGUCCGGUUGGUUUCAAGGGCAUACCUCAAUAUUACAAAUUGGAUAUUUAAAGCAAAGCUGCCCCAGAGGGCUCCACACACGCGGUGACCAAACCCAGCCUGAUGAUGGAGAGCAAAAGAAGGAAUUCUAUCCUGGAGGACAGCUUGGGCAAAGACUUGGUGGACGCUGGACGGUUUUGCUUUGGCUGCGAGAAAAUAUUUGCAGAUCGGAAAUGCUUCCAAGAACACCCGUGUCCUGCUGCAAAUCACAUCUGCUCCUGUGGAACCGAGUUUAUUAAGUACAGUGACAUGCUGGCGCACAGCACAACACAUCAACCAGGUCACGAGGGGCUUGAUCAUGGAUCCAUAAAGAAGCGCAGGAUUGAGAAGCGCAUAGAACAGCUCGACCGGCUACAGACCGGUGAGGUGGUCUGGAACACGGGGGAGUCGUAUUUGCCGGCAGAGCAAACGCUGCCCAUCGCACCGUGUGAGCCAAAAGUUUCCACGCAGAAACAAGUGCCUCCAUUUGAGCCAAGAAAACCGUUUCGCUCAAAUCCCAAUCAAAAAGUUUUGCAUGACGCUUUUGCACCAACGGUGGACCUAUGGACACUUUACCAGCCCGUUGUGCUGGUCAAAACCACGCACACAUUCAACGAGAUGCAGCCUUACACCUGUGCUAAAUGUGGGCAGGGUUUUAUAACACGGGCGUCUCUCAUCUUCCACCACAGCUCUCAUGUGAUCGAUAAAGUUGCUGGCUGUAUAGGAUGUGGGCUGCUGCUCUCCAGCAAGAAGUUUUUGCCUCGCAUCCAUGUUUGUAAAGCACCCAACGCCCCGACCACCAAAUCCAGGCUCAUCACUGCGAAGCCGCUGAAUCUGAAGCUGCCAAAUGUAGCCGUUCUAGGAGCCAAGAGUCCAAGUGCUCCGGGAUCUUGGGGCCCUUCCGAUCUCCAGUUCAAACGCCAGAAGCUCAGCGCAGCCAGUCAAGGCAGUCGAUCGCCUCUUAUGACUUCCACCCUGCAGUUGCAAAAUCAAACAUUUGGUGCAUACAAUAAAAGCAAGCUGGGGCUUCAUCUCUCUCCAUCCAUGCAGGGAAGGAGUCAGAAACCCAAUGCAUCCAACCUGUACAUCACCAACCCCCUUCCAUCGAUGAGUCGGAGUCCAAAUCCCAGAGGGUUCAAUAAAAGCAGUCAUGGGCUCUCUGUCGCUCCCUCUGGGCAGUUUAGGAUGUCCACACAAUCUCUGUCAGGUUUACCCAUGCCGAUGUCCGUCGGAACAAGUGGGUUCCCGUGUCGAGUCUGUCACCUUCCUUUUGAAACGGCUCAGAUGCUACAGAGGCACAAAUGUGUCAAAGCAAAGGAGUUCAUGGCGAACCAUGUGCGAGGUAGCCGCGCGAAUUACAGAUUAAAGAGGGUGACGCCGUUGCCGAGUCUCAAUCCUGCUCCUAUGAACGGUGAGAGAAAACUCGGGAUGCCAGUUUCUGGUAAGAUCAACAAAAACCCAGCCAUGGCUGUCGUUCGAGACAAAGUGCAAGGUGCGGUUCCUCCGACUGGGAAAACGGGAAUGAAUAAGGAUGAUGAUUGUUACAUAGUUGAAAGCGGACCAGACAAAUCCGCUGAGAUGAUAUACCAAGUGACCUCAUUGGUCCCGAUCAAGACUUGACACAAGUCAAGUCUUAUCUGCAUGUCUCAUUUUAUGUUCGAUAUGAACCAAGAGCAUAAAGUCAGCCAUGUUUGAAGAGCAUAUACUCUUGUUUAGUUUCAUUGUACAUGAGUUCAAUGCUUUCUGGCUUUGUCCAAACUUUUGAAGAUGUGUAGGAUUAGUAGUGACAAUAAUAAUAAAUCAUGAUGCUGGUUUUCUUUUGUCAUAACUGCAAACGGUUCAAUAUAGGUGCCCCUGCAAUUUUUAUAGAAAAUGUAAAUCCAUAAAGUUAAUCUUCAACAUCUAUGUGCUUGAUUUACCCAAGUUUGGUGGGAUAACACGGUACUUUCUUUUUGAAUAUGUUUGAUUAUGCUCAGAAAUGUGUUGUGAGGCUGUGGGAAUUGACCACAAUGUAUUUUUUCAGUUUUCUCAGACUUCACAAAUACAGUAUAUGUUGUAUUAAACUAUAUUUUCAAGUUCA